AUGAAUUAUGAUCAUAUUGUUCGUGAUGAUGAUGAUGAUGACGGUGAUGAUGAUGGUAAUGACGAAGAUACAAUGGAGAUAACUGAAAAUGAAGGAACAUGCAUGAGAUUCCUUGUUAAACUGCCACCGAUCAUCAUCACCGAUAACGCGCACUUCAAACAUUCAAACACUAAACUGCCAACUCUGAUCGCUGAGAGAGUAGUGAAUCUGAUAAUGGUCACACCCACAGCACCACAAAUCUAUCUGCUCAAUGUUAUUUACUCCAUUUUAGUAGUAUUUUACGAAGACCCCCGUACGAUACCGAAGUACCACAUCAUGAGAUUUUCGGAAAUCGCAAUGCUGACAAUUCAUGGUGUCAUAGCGGUCAAAAAAAAACAAAAAACAACACGGGAAGUUUGA